AUGAACGAGCCAGGCCCAUCGAGCGCCUACUACCGGCGCUUUGCGCAGCAGGCAGACGGUCCUAUCAGGCCUCCUUCGCCUCCAGGCUCGCCGCUUUUGCCGCCCACGCAAACGACCGCUCAGUUCCUGGACUCUGAAGCCGAGGAUUCGUUGUACGCUGUUCUCAACGUCGAACAUGACGCGUCCCUCGCCGAGCUCAAGGACAAGUACAGGGCUCUUGCAGCCAUCUACCACCCGGACAAGCAGCCCGAUGAUGUGCGUCGGCGUGCAGCUCACGAUCGCUUCAUGGAAAUCUCUCGCGCGUACGAGAUUCUCACCGACCCGGGAAAGCGCGCCAUCUAUGACCUCUUUGGAGAAGAAGGUCUGCGGACCAGCUGGGAGGUUGGACCUCGCGGUAUGACUCCCGCAGAGAUGAAGGCGCACUACCAGAGGCAAGGUGAUACGAAGCGUCGUAUCGAUGUCGAGGCGCUUGUCAACUCAAAGAGCGACAUGUCGGUUACUCUUGACGCACGCGGUGUUUUCCUUCCCAAAAGCGUGUUCAGUGACCCCAGUGUCAUCUCUCACUCGCCAAUGGCGCGUAUCCGUCGCGUCAAUCCCUCGCAGAUUAUUCUCAAGCACUCGUUUGAGCUGCCUUUCAAUGAACAGACCCAGUUUGUUAUCGAGGAGACCAUGGUUGCCGUGAGAGGUCAAGGUGGCGCUGGCCUCUCUGGUACCAUCAAGCACCAGUUUUCGCCGCGUCUGUGGGUUCAGUACACCCAGGCUGUUCUGGCCCCAUUCACCACAUCCUUCAAGGGAACGUACACCUAUGACGAGAACACCUAUGUGACGAUGAACGCGGUUCAACAGGUGUGGGCUGCCCCUCCUGGUCUGCACAUUAGCCUUGGACGAAGGAUAUACCCAGAGGCCACCGGAUACAUCACCUACAACACUGGUUUCUGGACUCUGGGACCCUGGGGCAGGUCCCUUCAGGAGGAAAUGUACAUGGUCAAUCCCUCGUCGAUGGCCGUGGGCAUUACGUCGGCAAGCCACAAUGGUGACGGCUGGACAACCGAGCUUCGGACUGGGUUUGCAGACAAUGGUCUGAGCGGCGACUGGACGACCCACGCCUGGGGUCUCCGACUCAAGACCGGUCUUUCAUGGUCUCUCAUGGGCUCUCCCGCGGCAUUUGCCGACGUGAGCGGUAGAGUCACCGAGAACACCCGUGCCGGUGCUCUGCUCGAGGUCAACCUCGGUGGUGGUAUCCAGCUGCGCCUGACCGUCAACCGUCUGGGCCAAAAGCUCGCCUUCCCCAUCCUCUUGUCGGCCGACCUCAACCCUUACGUUGCGUUCUGCACGACGGUCCUUCCGGCUUCGGCCUAUGCGGCCCUGUACCACUUUUACAUCUUGCCACGCAAGCACGAGCGGAUCAAGAACAGGAUCCACGAGCUGCGUGUCGAGCACGCCGACUACAUUGCCGCCAAGCGCCAGGAGGCCGGCGACGCCGUCCUCCUCAUGGAGCGCUCGGUCCAGACGCGUACCGAGGCAGAGCGCCAGCGCGACGGCCUCGUCAUCCUGUCGGCCAGCUACGGUCUCGCCACAGCAUUCACCCCGCGCGGCCUCCGCGAGAUUGAGACCGAGGACGGCUACACGGCCGUCAUCGACGUCACCAUCCCCGUCCAGGCGCUCGUGCAGAACUCGCGCCUCGUCAUUCCCGCGGGCAGGGCAAAGCACAACCUCCUCGGCUUUUACGACCCGUGUAUCGGCGAGAACAAGAAGCUCCGCAUCAGGUACCUCUUCCGCGGACGUCUGCACGAAAUCACCGUCGACGACGUGUCCGGACUGCGUGCCCCCGUCAAGUCGCACGCCCUCGAGGACUAG